GCUGCUCUGUGUUUUCCUUUUUUUUUCUUUUUUAGUAUUAUUUACGCAGCUAAACAUAAAGGCAGUGUGGGUGUGAAACAGGGAGAUUUUAAAAAAUGAUGGCACAACAUUAACAUCAGGAUUUGAUGUUUUUAUUUUUAUUUUAACAGGUGUUUUUUUUUUCUUUUUCUGCAGGAUUUCACUGCAUAUUCUUAAUUUUUGUUUUAAUUAAUAUUAUUUUUAAGUCGUUUUGAGUUCACCAUGAAGGGCUCCCGUUCUGAUAUCAAAAGCCGGAGGAGGGGCAGCAGCAGCGGGGCAGCCAGGCUCCUCUACCCGCUGCUCGGUGCGUGUCUCUGGGCUGCAGUGGUCGCAUACAAGCCGGUGGUCAUUGUACACGGUCUGUUCGACAGCUCAGGGGAUUUUAAAAACUUACUGACCUUCAUUAACGAGUCUCACCCUGGAACAAAUGUGACGGUCAUCGACUUGUUCGACAGGAGCGCCAGCCUGCAGCCCAUGUGGAAGCAGGUGGAGGGAUUCAAAGAAGCUAUUUACCCGAUAAUGCAAAACGCAGCAGAGGGAGUCCACUUUAUCUGCUACUCUCAAGGUGGGCUGAUUUGCAGGGGGAUCCUCUCCACUCUGUCCAACCACAACGUUCACACCUUCAUCUCGCUGUCAUCGCCUCAGGCCGGACAGUACGGAGACACAGACUACUUGAAGUACCUUUUCCCUCAGUUUAUGAAGUCCAACCUGUUUCACCUCUGCUACACUGGAAUAGGACAGAGGAUAUCCAUCUGUAACUACUGGAACGACCCCCACCACAGAGACCUGUACCUGAACAGCAGUGAUUAUUUGGCUCUGCUCAACAGUGAGAGACCAAAUCCAAAUUCAACAGAGUGGAAGAAAAACUUCCUCAAAAUCACAAAGCUGGUGUUGAUCGGAGGCCCGGACGACGGAGUCAUCACUCCCUGGCAGUCGAGUCAGUUUGGAUUUUAUGACGACAACGAGACCGUCGUUGAGAUCCAGAACCAAGACCUCUACUUGAGAGAUGUUUUUGGUCUGAAGACGCUGGCGGCUCGAGGCGAUCUGAUCUUGUGUUCUGUUCCCGGCGUGGAACACAUCUAUUGGCACUCGAAUGAGACUGUGUUCCACCUGUGCAUGGAGAAAUGGCUGCAGUAGAACUAAACUCUUUUACAGCACACACACACACACACACACACACAGCAUCAGAUCGGAUAAGCUCUCGACUUCUUCUGCCUCUACAACUACUGUAAAGUUUACGCGAACAUUUCUGGAUUUUCUCUCGAGAGCGUAAUCUUUUUUUUUUUUUUUUUUUUGAUUACAUCUCCUUGAAAUCAAACGGCAAUCAGACAGUGUUGCCCGUUAUUUUAAAGGUAACAUUUUCGUUGUACUUUCUGUCGAUAGGGUUUGUUUCUGUAGGUCUUUUUUCUAUGUUAUACUCGCAUGUUUAAAUACUGGGUUACUCGUAAAUAUGUAUUUCUAACCAUUGUGGUUGCUGCUGGAAAAAUUCAACCUGUACGUGUGUUAGCUGAAGGAUUUUUUUCCUUCAGAAGAGAGAAACGCAAGCUGUUCAAAGCCUCAAAUUUAAACACUUCCAGAAACUUGGUGCAAGAUUAAUCGCUGCUAUGUAAUUAAAACAGAAAAAGGGAACAGAAGAGUAAAUCAGGUUUAUUCCCAGGUCUGUAUUAACCCUUACAUACUGUUUGUGUCAAAUUUUAACCCAUUUUGACAAUUGAAAGCAACACAAACACCAUAAAAUAACCAAAAAUAAAUUACUAUCCUGGAGCCUGAAUUUGCAUUUAUAGGUAAAAAAGCUCUGUAUUGAACUCAAACGGUCUCUUUCUGCAGCCCCUCAGUGGGUGUGUGUGAUGUCAGCUCGAUAGAAAAGUAGAAAAAAACGUCACAAACGAAGCGUUCAGAGCAGGUUGAAAAGCUUUUGACUUGCAGGGAGCAUUUCUGCUUAAAAGUGUUGGAACUUUAACCAUGUUUAACACGGAUACCCAACAUCAUAACAGUAUAGAAAUAACAGAAAACCUGACAAAGGGAUAACGUGUCCCCCUUUAAAAGGAGCACUCCAGCAAUUUAUUAUUGUUUUAAUGAAAUUUAGGAGACUUGGUAGAGAUGAAAGGAAGUCAGAAGCUCCCAAGUUUUUAUUGUUACAGUUUAACCCACAAGGUGUUGAUGCGUUUAGGGUCAGGUGUGCACAAGGUCCAUCUUUCUUGACCUGCUGGGGACACAUUAAAAACAGGAAAGUCAAAUAUAAUUGGUGAGAGGUUGAGACAUUCUUGACUUAAAAUGCUGAGUUUGGUUGCAGUUUCCAUAACGCUACUCAGUAGCAUGUUUAAUAUCUUUCCUGCUUGGUAAACACACAAAAACUCCUUGCCUCCAGUUUUUUAAUGCAGGCUUUUUUCUUUUUUUGUUUAAAAUGUGAAGCCUCAACCUCACACUGUGGUACACCUGAUGACAUCACCAGGGUUAUUUUCUCAGAUCUGUCCGUCCGAGCUUUCCCGAGCAACCUGUUGAGAUCUUUAUUUGUGAAAACUUGUGGAGUGGACCCUAACCCCCCCUUUUCAUGUUUGUGCAUUUCAAGUGUUGACUCCAUUUACAUACAUACAAUAUAUCCAUGUGUGUGUCUGUGUGCGUUUUGGUCACACAUACCUCAAAAAAGAAAAACGCACCGCACAUAACACAACAGUGCCUGAGCGACGUUCUGUCAUCUUGUCUACAUGUACAGACUCACUGCCCUGCUCAUCUUUUGAUGCAGUAAUUUAUAUCUUUUUAUUCCUUUUUAAUCCUGGGAAUCAUGUUUUCCUGUUUUUUAGUUUUAGCAUGUACAUAUAUAAUCAUGGAUAUCAUGUUUAAUGUCAUUAUCAUGCAGUGCUUUAGAGCCAUAGUCGCUUGAGUAGAUUAAGCCUUAAACUUUUCCCCUUACAUGCCUCAGUGUUUCAUGUCUCAUACCGAAGUGCUAUAAUACGCUGCCUUUUGUGAGGGUGCUAAAAAAAAAAGUAAAAAUAAGUGGAUGGAGAGUUUUGUGCAGAAUAGUCGGAGAGUGGCAGCGCUAUAUUAGUGUUUACUUGUCCACCAAACUAUUGUUCGUGGCACUAUUUACCUCCCAUCGCAUUUAGAUAUCUCAGGCGUUUUAGCGACAUCUCUGUUUGUCUGUCUCUGUUGUAAAAAAAAAAAAAAAAAAGGGAUCGGUUUUUCUCUUUAACUGUUUUUUUUGCAUUUUAUUGGAUGUUUAAUGGAUGUAUUUACAGAUGUUACAGAGAAAAAAGAAAUAUCUGUUGUGUGAUUAAAAACAAAAAGCGAAUACGUAACUAUUUGAAUCAGCAAAGUAGGCCUUUGUGUUGCACAAUAUUUUUGCCUGAUGAGGGAAAAGGACAAAAAUGACAAAGAUGGAAUGAUAUUGUUGUUUUAGAGCUGUUAAACUUUCAGUAUUAUUUUAAUAUUCUUGUAGUUCUUCUAUCAUGUAUAUGCUUGUUCAAAUUAAUUAACCUAACUUCCUAAAUUGUGGAUUUUAAGGGAUGUCCUCCUCCUACUAUGUUCAUUUUGUUCUUGCUAUACAAAUGGUAAAUGUGGAAAUGGACACUUGUUUUUUUAAAACUCAAACAGAAGCAGAGCUAUUUUGACUAUUUGUGUCCUACAAUUUGUAUAGUCUGUGAUCUGCCAAUAUAAAAGGUGUCAAAUGUCAUUUCCUCAU